AUGACCUAUCCUGUGAAUACACCAAGAGAAAGGACAGUUUAUGACGUUUGUGAUUUACUAUCAGUAGUUAGGGAAGGAAGACCAUUUCUUGUGAGUGAUAAUGGACACAAAGAAUUGACGGAGAUCCUAUCUGAUGAAUCAUUAUCAGAUAUUAGUAACCUGUCACUAUUAGGAGGACGUGAUAUUAAGGAAUUGAUUGAAAUAGCUGAAGAAUUCAACACACCAUUGACUACAGAGCCAACAAGUCAAAAGAGCAGCUCAUCCACACAGAUCAGUGAGUCUGAUCUUGAUAAUAAGGGAGAUGGAGGAGUAAAGUGUAAUAAUAAUAAAGAUAAAGGAACAACAACCAACACUUUGAAUGAAUCUCAGGAACAUGGAAGUACUUCAAUAGAGAAAGGACAGUCUGCUGGUACACCAAACACUCCAACUUCUAAUGAUGAGUCAACUUCUCCUACAAAACAAAGAACUCCAAAGGAGAUACUACAGGAAUAUUCAGCUAAGCUGUCCAAAGCAAUAGCAGCUGAUGUUAGCAAUGUAGUUAAUGCAUUGUUUUCCAAUGAUCUAAUACCAGAAGGGACUAGAGAAUAUGUAAUGACAGUAGUUGGUGUAGCUACUGCUGAUAAAGCUGACAGAGUAAUGACUGAUGUGAUACGUCAAUUAGAAGCUUCUCUUGAUGAAAGACAAUAUUUAGUUGAUGUGUGUAAUAUUUUGAUUCAGCAAGGUGCAGCAAUGAAAAAGAUAGGAAAUUUCAUGCUUAAAGAACUAUAAAAAUAUAUAGGAUACCGACCAUACUCCUCCUCCUGCUAUUGAUUUAAUUUUGGAAAUCAUUUCCUUAUUUUCUAAUCGUUGUAAUCAUAAAUA